GCCACGUGAGUGGGGAUUAGCAAAGAAGUGGGGAGGGGGGAGUUGAAUUCGUCAUCAACCUCAGAGAGAGAGAGAUGCGUUGGAGGCGCGAGGAUUUAGAGGUUUCUGUUGCAGUAAAGAAAUCUGCUCAACAUUGAAAAAAAACAAAACCGAGAAUGGGGAACUUGAUGAACAAGGAGCCACCACCACCUAUGGUGCUGGUCCCUCCUCUCUUCGACUUCCCUCCUCUAGCUGCCCGCACCAGGAUGCUGGAGUCAUCUUAUAACAUAUUAUUUGGGAAGUUGGCUUUGAAGUGCCUUUUUGAGGAUUACUUUGAGGAAGCUUCACAUUUUACCACAAGAAUUAUGCUGAAGCCAAUUGAUGAUCCUCACGUCGAUUUCAUUGCAACUCUUUCAGGUCCGCUAAACCAUAAACCGGAGGAGAACAUUGUGGGAAAUGCUUUGUUUCGCUGGCAAAGUGAUUUGGAUGACCCUCAUUCAUUCAUGGACCUUUUUGUUUCAAGUUCUGACCCCAUUUUGCAAAUGCGCUCUUCUGCUUACUACCCUAAAUAUGGAUUUGGAGCAUUUGGCAUUUUUCCAUUACUUAUGCGAAAAAGAAUAUCUACAGAAGAUUAUGGUGUUGUAGGACUCAGAUACGGCUCAGAAAACUUAUCAGUUGGAGCCGCACUUAUGCCCUUGGCCUCUAAAUAUGAGUCACCAAAGCAUGCAUGGCUAGUGAGCAAAAUGGGAAGGCUAACUGUUGGUGUGCAAUAUGAGCCGCAAUAUGGAAGCACAGAUGGCGCUAAAUACAAGAAUUUAAUGAAUUGGAGUGCCGCAGUUGGAUAUGGAGUAGGAUCCGGGAGCCCCUUGAGCCCUUCUUUCAAUUUCAGUCUUGAACUUGCUAAAACUUCCCAGUUCAUUGCCUCAUUCUAUCAACAUGUGGUCGUCCAGAGACGGGUAAAGAAUCCGCUUGAAGAAAAUGAAAUAGUUGGAAUUACGAAUUACAUUGACUUUGGAUUUGAGUUACAGACAAGGGUUGACGAUCCCAAAACAUCAAACAAUAUCCCAGAUUCCACCUUUCAAGCUGCUGCUUCCUGGCAAGCAAAUAAAAAUUUCUUAUUGAAGGGAAAGGUUGGACCUCUCAGCUCAACAUUAGCAUUUGCGUUCAAGUCAUGGUGGAAACCUUCCUUCACCUUCAAUAUUUCAGCUACUAGAGAUCGUAUUAUUGGAAAGACAUCAUAUGGUUUUGGAAUCCGUAUUGAAAAUCUCAGAGAAGCCAGUUAUCAAAGAGCUGAUCCAAAUUUUGUAAUGCUGACUCCAAGCAAGGAGCAUCUGGCGGAGGGCAUUAUUUGGAAAAUUGGGAAGCGGCCUAUGCUGCAAUCUGAUGUAAAUGCAGGGAAUUUUGAUGGUUUGCCAAGGGAAUUGAGACCCCUAGGGAAGAUUUUGUAAAUUUGAGUUUCUAAGCGCGUUCUUGUUCAAGUAGAUAGCAGAACUUAUCAUGGGUAUUUCCAUUGGCCUGUUUGAUAUCCUAGCCAUGAGAGGGAACCCGGGUGUCAUUUGUCCUGCAAAAUGGACUCUGGUGUUGCAAUAUGUGACAAAAAAUUGUUUAACAUCGACAGAUCUUUCUGUUGAUUUAAGAUUCUUGAGUUUAAAUUGGUUAGGAUGCUGAUUAUUAUUAUUA